GUGCCAGCUGUUCCAUGAUGAGCCGUGCAGUGUUUGAGAAAGCGUUUCUCCAGUCGGUCCCAGAUCUAGCGCCCUACCGUCGCCGUCUGUACACCUACACAGGUGAAGAGGUCCCUGUAGCUGGUGUAGCUCAAGUUGUUGUCGCCUAUCGUGACCAGUCAGCCCGUCUGCCCCUCAUCAUUGUUGACAAUGACGGUCCUACCUUGAUGGGUCGGGACUGGUUGGCCACGAUCAGGCUGGACUGGCCAGCACUGUUUGGCGGCGCCGCACGUGUUGACUAUGUUGCAGUCCCUGGCCUGGAUCUGGAGAACGAGCUACGGAAGCUCGUGCCGACGUUCCCGGAGCUGUUCAGCCCUGGUCUCGGCAAGUACACGCCCAGACAAGUCUCGCUGCAGGUGGACGACAGCAAGCCGCGCUUCUACAAGCACCGCCCACCACCUUUGGCUCUGAAAGGUCAGAUUGAGGAGGAGUUAGAAAGGCAAGUCAAGUUGGGCAUCCUCGAACCUGUCACCACAUCCCAGUGGGCCGCACCCAUUGUUCCGGUUAAGAAGAGGGAUGGGUCCAUCAGGCUGUGUGGCAGCUACGACCUGACAGUAAAUGUCGCUUCUGCCCUGGAAACGUAUCCGUUGCCUCGGGUGGAGGAGUUGUUUGCUGUGCUGUCUGGUGGUGCAAAGUUUACCAAAAUUGAUCUCAAGGAAGCAUACUUGCAGCUCGAAUUGGAUGAGCAGAGCCGCAAGUUCACCACGGUCAGUACGCACAAAGGUCUGUUCCAGGCUACGAGACUGGUCUUCGGAAUCAAGUCCGCGGUAGCCGUGUUCCAGAGGGAGAUGGAGAACCUGCUGGCCGGCAUUCCGCAUACCGCCAUCUACCUGGACGACAUCUGCGUAACCGGACGCACUCCCGCAGAGCAUCUUGCGAACGUCCGUGAGGUUCUGAGACGUCUCGCCGCCGCUGGUCUCAAGAUCAACGCUGAGAAAACGGUCUGGGUAGCAGACGAAGUGCAGUAUCUGGGCCACCGGAUCACAGCCGCCGGCAUCAGACCGUCCGCUGAGAAGGUACGUGCCGUCUCGGAAGCCCGAGAACCAGCGUCCCUGCAGGAGCUGCGCGCAUUCCUGGGUCUGGUGCAGUAUUAUAGCCGCUUCCUUCCCCGCCUGUCUACUGUCGCCGCACCGAUGUACGAGCUAGAGAAGAAAGAUGUGAAAUGGGCUUGGGGAGAGAGGCAAAAGGUUUCGUUUCAGGAGACGAAGGACCUGCUCGCUGUCGCUCCAGUGCUGGUGCACUACCAGCAAGACAAGCCGCUCGUCCUCACGGCAGAUGCCAGCCCGUACGGAGUAGCCGCCGUGCUCAGCCAUCCGGAUCCGCAGACUGGUGCGGACCAGCCCAUCGCCUUCGCGAGCCGCAGUCUGACGCCAGCCGAGCGCAACUACAGCCAGCUCGACCGUGAGGCGCUCGCGAUCAUCUUCGGGUUUGUACCGGGUCGAGAGAUCGCCAACGCGGAUGGGCUCAGUCGCCUGCCGCUUCCAGACACAGAUGGAGAGUUUCCCGUUCCGGCCGACGUCGUGAACCUGAUGGAGGAGAUGUCCCACCAGGUGAGUGCUCAGCAGCUCGCCAUCGCCACCCGCCGCGAUCCGGUGCUGUCAGCCGUCUACCGGCCCUGGCAGCGUCUGCAUAUAGACUACGCGGGUCCGAUGGAGGGCGGUCACUGGCUGCUGAUCAUAGUCGACAGCUACUCCAAGUGGGUCGACGCGCACAUCACCACGUCGACGUCGGCGGCAGUGACGAUCGACAGACUCCGCCAGACGUUCGCCUGCCACGGCCUGCCACUGGUGCUCGUGUCGGACAACGCCACUGCCUUCGCGUCGUCAGAGUUUAGUGCCUUCUUGAAAGGCCCCGGCGCCCCAUGGGUGCCAGGCGUCGUCACCGCUGCUGGCGGACAGAUCUGCACCGUUCAACUGGCCGAUGGACGGAUCUUCACGCGCCACCGGGACCACGUCCGGCCUCGCGUGUGCGCGCUGCCGUCCCUCGUGCCGGGUCAGGCCGACCCGGCACAGCCUGUUCCGGAGACUACCACGCCGGCUCACUCUGCUCGCGCACCGAGCGCGCUGGAGGCGCUCUGUGCUGGCGCGCCGGCGGCACAGGACGCGUCCUCUCCGGCGACAGCUACAUCGGAGGUGCACCCCGCUCGGCUGCCCGAGUCGGUGGCAGCUGCGCCGGCUCCUCCGGGGGUGCCCUCUGGGUCAGCACCUGUCGUCCCGCCUGGGGGUGCUGUCGGGACCCGUCGUUCCACGCGCGUGCGUCGGGCGCCCUCGCGUUACAGCGCGUCGUGAUUGCUGACUUGUGUUCUAAAGGUGGAGGAUUGUUGUGAUACGGGCCCGUACCCCCCUCCGUUUGUGAUACGGGCCCGUCCACGUGUUCGUCCCGUUUUCGGUCGCGGUCGCCGGUCGCUUGUCCGCCGCCGCCGCCCCGGGUCAGGCCGCGGGCGGUCGGCGGCGUGGUUGAUGUCGGGUGUUUUCGUCUGUUCCGCCGGCCAGUCGGUUUUGGGCGGCGGAACUGGGUGUGUCUCUUGAAGUGGUCAAGUCCCGUUACAAUAUAGAGUCAAGCAAGAGAACUGGAGUGUCACGGCGGAGGUCGGCAGAGCAGCGAGUGCUGAGGAUA